AUGGGCCUUUUCAAGUCAUCGGAUCUUUCCACAGAGUGCGAAAAGAGCGCUCGCAUCCUCAAAAGCUUCAUCGACAAAAACAAAAUUCCAUCAAAUGUCAUCGCCAACGCAAAAGGCCUCGCAAUCUUCACCGGCUUUCGAGCAGGAAUGUACUUCGCUGGCGCAGGCGGCUUAGGCAUCGUAAUCGCACGCUUACCCAACGGCGCAUGGUCAUCUCCCUCCGCCUUCUCUGUCCGCAGCGGCAGUGUCGGUCUCGUCUACGGCAUCGAUGUAUACGACUGUAUCUGCGUACUCAACACUUCUGAAGCAGUGGAUGUUUACAAGAAAGCUGAAGUCAAUCUUGGUGGUGCUGUUGCUCUCGCUGCGGGGCCACUGGGUGGGAAUGUGAAUGUUGGUGACGUCAAGCCUGUUUGGACUUACACCAAGUCUAGGGGUGUUUAUGGUGGGUUGACUGUUGAUGGGACUGUGAUUAAGGAGAAGAAAGAUGUCAAUGCUGGAUUUUAUGGGAGGGAGGUUUCUUCUGGAGAGAUUCUGGAGGGUCACGUGAAAGCGGGUUGGGAUGUUAGAGUUCAGGAGCUUUUUGAGGUUGUUAAGAUUGCUGAGGGUAAGAGUGCCGAUCGCAAGGUGUUGGAGGGGAUCAGUGGAGAGCCUACUCCUGGAGACAUGACUGAGUAG